AAAGACAAAAUUAAAGAAAGGGAAAAGAAGCAGAAGGAGAAGAAGAAGCACAAAAUAAUGAAUGAAAUCAAGAAAGAAAAUGGAGAGAUCAAGUUAUUGCAGAAAGGUGGGAAGGAGAAACCAAAAACCAAUGCAGAAGAGCUACAGAUUAAAAAAGUGAAGAAGAAAAAGAAAAAGAAACACAAAGAGAACGAGAAGAGGAAGCGUCCAAAAAUGUACAGCAAAUCCAUUCAGACUAUCUGCUCAGGAUUGGUUUCUGAUAUUGAGGAUCAGGAAGCUAAAGGCAUCAUAGAUGAUCAUCUUAAGGAUUUCAAUGGGAAAAAUAUGGAUCCCAAGAAGGACUGUGAGUCCAAGAUACCAGAGAACAGUGAGUUUCCAUUUGUCUCGUUAAAGGAGCCACGGGUUCAAAAUAAACUCAAAAGGUUGGACACAUUGGAGUUCAAACAGCUGAUUCAUAUUGAGCACCAGCCUAACGGAGGUGCAUCAGUUAUCCAUGCCUACAGUAAUGAACUCUCCCACUUGUCUCCUGUGGAGAUGGAGAGAUUUGCAGAAGAGUUUGUGGGUCUGGUUUUUAGUGAAAAUGAAAACUGUGCAGCUUACUAUGUAAUGGGUAUUGUUCAUGGGGCAGCUACUUAUUUACCUGACUUUUUAGACUACUUUUCGUUUAAUUUUCCCAAUUCACCAGUGAAAAUGGAGAUUUUGGGAAAGAAAGAUAUAGAGACAACGACUAUGUCAAAUUUUCAUGCUCAGGUAAAAAGAACAUACUCUCAUGGUACGUAUAGAGCUGGCCCAAUGAGACAGAUCAGCCUGGUUGGAGCAGUUGAUGAGGAAGUGGGGGAUUACUUCCCUGAAUUUCUUGAUAUGUUGGAAGAAUCACCCUUCUUAAAAUGUACGCUGCCAUGGGGAACUCUUUCUAGCUUAAAGUUAGAGAGUCGUAAAGACAGCGACGAUGGUCCCAUCAUGUGGGUACGGCCAGGAGAGCAGAUGAUCCCUGUGGCUGACAUGCCAAAGUCACCUUUCAAAAGGAAGAGAACUACCAAUGAAAUAAAAAACUUGCAGUACCUACCUCGAACCAGUGAGCCCCGUGAGAUGCUCUUUGAGGACCGGACACGAGCCCAUGCAGAUCACAUAGGACAAGGUUUUGAACGACAGACCACGGCUGCUGUGGGAGUGCUGAAGGCUGUGCACUGUGGAGAGUGGUCUGAGCAGCCUCGUAUAACCAAAGAUGUAAUUUGCUUUCAUGCCGAGGACUUCCUGGAGGUGGUUCAGCGAAUGCAGCUCGAUCUGCACGAGCCCCCACUCUCACAGUGUGUCCAGUGGGUUGAUGAUGCAAAGCUCAAUCAGCUGCGAAGGGAAGGCAUUCGAUACGCCAGAAUUCAGCUGUUCGAUAACGACAUUUACUUCAUCCCGAGGAAUGUUGUGCACCAGUUCAAAACAGUCUCAGCUGUGUGCAGCUUGGCCUGGCACGUCCGGCUCAAGCUGUACCACUCCGAGGAGGAACUCUCUCAAAACACAAGUACUGUUGAAGCAGAGACCUCUGCAGAUCCCAAGUCUUCGGUUGUUGGACUUCAGACUGAGAGCAGAAUUUGUCCCGUGAGCAAAAAUACCUCCGAAGACACCAAAUGUUCAGAGGCUCUGCAGACCAAGUACCUGCAGCAGGAGUUUAUGCCCAUCAAACACGAACCUCUUGGGCCUCACCGGAUAAAAGAAGAGCCCAUGAAUGUGGACGUGGCUGAAGAGACAGUGGGGCCCAAUGACAUCGUGGGACAGAGUGUCCAGGCUAGGCUGGAGCACGUGGAGUUGACAGCAUUAAAGUUGGAAAUGGAUUCUAAAUUUGAACCUGGCAACAAGGACUUACAAGGCAAGUUGUGCUCUGGAGGUCACGUACAUCCAGAUGAUACGAGACAACAUAGUUCGUCAUAUCCAAAACUGCAUGGACAAAGAGAGGAUGAUUUUUUGUGCUAG